AUGGUUUUCCAAGCAGAUCCUAGCAAUACUUUUUCUAGUAGAGAAGCCGGAUCCCCAAAACAAACCCUUCAACGAACAAAAGCCCUUUCCCGUCGACCUGAAAGUCGUUACGGCAAUUCCCGCCUGCUCACCGUCACAAUCUCGUCGCCGGGAUCGCCGUUGAUCCUCCGCGCCGUCAACAACGGCACCGUCGAUUUGAACGUCACCAAUUUCGAUGCGGUGCUCCGUGAAACUCCGGCCACCUACGCACUAGUUGAAUUCUUCGCUCACUGGUGUCCGGCAUGCCGAAAUUUUAAGCCGCAUUAUGAAAAGGUUGCGAGGCUGUUCAAUGGGCCUGAUGCUGUGUAUCCGGGGAUGUUAUUGAUGACAAGGGUUGACUGUGCAUCAAAGAUAAAUACCAAACUCUGUGAUAACUUCUCUGUAAGUCAUUAUCCUAUGCUCUUUUGGGGCCCUCCAUCUAAAUUUGUAUCUGCUGGUUGGGAGCCUAAACAAGAGAAGAGUGAUAUACAAGUCAUUGAUAAUGGGCAUACAGCUGACCGGCUGCUUAGUUGGAUCAACAAGCAAAUGGGCAGCUCAUUUGGAUUGGAGGAUCGAAUAUCUCGCAAUGUGGCACAAGCACUGUCAUCUCUGAAGUAA